AUGGCGGAAGCGCCGGAGGACGGGGCGACGCGCACCCUGCCCAGCCUCAGGCGCCUCUCCCGGGCUCUGCCCUUCGGGCGCACCCACGGCCGCCUCGGCGUCAGCCCCAGCGGCCGCCCCUUCGUGUCGGCGCUGUGCUCUCAGGAAGACGUCGACCCGCAGAAAACGGCGUUCCUGCUGCGAAAAGCCUGGGCGCUGUACAGCGUGACCCCCCUGUACCGCCUCCGCCGCGCCCGCCUCAGGGACUACGCGCGGCUGCUGAGCGCCUUCAUCGCGGCCGAGCGGCACAGGGGGCUGGCGGUGGAGGUGGGAGCCGAGCUGGACAUCAGGGUGGAGCUGUCCAGCCUGGCCGAGCUCAGGGGCAGCGAGCUGGACCAGGCGGCCCUCCUGGUGCAGCUCUCUUCGAGGUCACAAGGUUCCUCCAAGAACUCUGAAGACAAACUGGUGUGGUGGGGCUGCUUCUGCUCCGUGUUCGGCGAUGAGCUCUCCGAGAACACGCCCGAGGACUUCACCAGCCUGCCGCUGUUCCUGAGCCACGGCGCCGACAGGUACACGGCCCUGGUGGGGACCUGGUUCCAGAAGACCUUCGACUGCUGCUUCCGCCGCCUGGCCAUCAGCCCCCAGAACCUCAGCUGGAUGGUGGCCAUGUGGGCUGGCUGCAAGCUGGACAGAGCUGCCUCCGCCGUGGAGCUCGUCUUCUCCGUGCCCCGCCUGGCCCAGCCCCUGGAUAUUUCGUACGCCAUCCACCCGGAGGAUGCCAAAGCGCUGUGGGACACGGUGCAGAAAACGCCAGGAGAGAUCACCCAGAAGGAGGUGGAUGUCUUCAUGGACUGCCUUUAUGCCCACUUCCACAGGCACUUCAAGAUCCACUUGUCAGCUGCAAAGCUGGUGAAGGUUUCCACCGUGGUUGCCUCGGCACACUGUGAUGGGAUUGUAAAGAUUCUACACAGCCAAUACCUGCCUGGAGUGCUGAUGCUACUGACUGAACUCGCAAUCUCUCAGAUCCAGUGA